GGUUAUUAGUCCUUCAGGUGACGUUUUCAAUGCAUUCCCUUUGCUUUUUUGUCUUCAUUCCAACAGCUUCCAUUUCCAUAGCGACCACCUCACCAGUGCUCCACCUUCAUUCCGGUGGACGCCCCAUCAACUCAUCAACAUUCCCGCCUAUCUCCGCGGCCUCCGGCCAGCUGAGCGCAAGCGAUCAGGCGAUUCCAAGACUGAACCCUUUGUGUCCGCGGCCGGUCAGUAAACGCACCGUCAGUCUGGAGACACCCAGCGUUCACCACCACAACCGACAGAGAACGUUGAUCAUGCAGAGGCGAGAGUAUAACAGGUAUCACCAAGUCUGGCAAAAACCUUUUUACGGAACCAGCGUUGAGAAAGAAGAGUACAGGAGGGACCUGCGCGAGCAGCUCAAGAAGCAAGUGGAGGAGAAAAGCGUCCCGCUGAAGCUGCGCUUGGCCAGCAAGGCGAAGGAAGCCGAGUAUCUGCGCCAGGUGGACCGCCUCGCCCUGUCCGCUCAACGAGAGCGAAAGCAGCGACACGACAAGGCGAUGGCAACGUACAGAGACGCCAACAAGAGGGUGACAUUCGAAAUGAGCUUGAAAGACGUGGCCAGCAGGGUCGGGAGCCUUCACGUGUGCUGCCGUUUGUUUGUUUGUUUGUUUGUUUGUGCAGCUGAUGGAGCAGAGGUGGCGAGACAGCACACUGACGCGCUGCCAGGAGGUCCUGAGGGAGAAGGAGAUGCUGCGCCUCAACCCCAUCAACUGGACUGGGACACUCAAAUAGGGCGCCAUGAUAUAGGAGGAGAAAAAAAUGGAGGCAUGGAUAUGGAAGCGCGGUGCUCAUGUUCAAAGCGCUUUAAUGUUAGAGCGGCCUGCAUUAAUAACAAAUACUUUUUAGGAAUAAAACAUCUCAUUUUUGUGAAACACUCAUGCCUGCUAAACUACUGCAUUUGAAUGUUGCUCAUUAUGGUGGUUCUUUGGUGUCAAAGUUUGAGAACCACUGCUCUUAAUUGAUAGUUACGAUAUUUUCAGAGCUGUAAAUAUGCUCGUCACGAAAACGUUUGCGAAAUGGACUGUUGGAUGAACCUU